CUGACACUUGUGCGGCUUGGGCAGCUGGCCUCCACUGGCACUGCUAAGAAGCCCUCUCAACUCCACUGCACAACACUAAUCUGAUCUUGGAAGUAGCUGAUUGUGGCAGGAUGUUUCGAAGAUGAUGAUGGCAAGAAAGCAAGAUGUUCGAAUCCCCACCUACAACAUCAGCGUGGUGGGAUUGUCUGGGACUGAGAAGGAGAAAGGCCAGUGUGGCAUUGGGAAGUCUUGUCUGUGUAACCGCUUUGUGCGCCCAAGUGCAGAUGAUUUUCACCUGGACCACACUUCUGUCCUCAGCACCAGUGACUUUGGUGGGCGGGUGGUCAAUAAUGACCACUUUCUGUACUGGGGAGAAGUUAGCCGCUCCCUGGAGGACUGUGUGGAGUGUAAGGUGCACAUUGUGGAGCAGACCGAGUUCAUUGACGAUCAGACUUUUCAACCUCAUCGGAGCACGGCGCUGCAGCCCUACAUCAAGAGAGCUGCCGCCACCAAGCUCGCAUCAGCUGAAAAACUCAUGUAUUUUUGCACUGACCAGCUGGGGCUGGAGCAGGACUUUGAGCAGAAACAGAUGCCAGAUGGAAAGCUGCUGGUCGACGGUUUCCUUCUGGGCAUCGAUGUUAGCAGGGGCAUGAACAGGAACUUCGAUGACCAGCUCAAGUUUGUUUCUAAUCUCUACAAUCAGCUUGCAAAAACAAAAAAGCCCAUAGUGGUAGUCCUGACUAAGUGUGAUGAGGGUGUUGAGCGGUACAUUAGAGAUGCACAUACUUUUGCCUUAAGCAAAAAGAACCUCCAGGUUGUAGAGACCUCAGCAAGAUCCAAUGUGAAUGUGGACUUGGCGUUCAGUACUUUAGUGCAGCUCAUUGAUAAGAGUCGAGGGAAGACAAAAAUCAUUCCUUACUUUGAAGCUCUCAAGCAGCAGAGUCAGCAAAUAGCUACAGCAAAGGACAAGUAUGAGUGGUUGGUGAGCCGCAUUGUGAAAAACCACAAUGAGAAUUGGCUGAAUGUCAGCCGAAAGAUGCAGGCCUCCCCUGAGUACCAGGACUAUGUCUACCUGGAGGGGACACAAAAGGCCAAGAAGCUCUUCCUGCAGCACAUCCACCGCCUCAAGCAUGAGCACAUUGAGCGCCGGAGAAAGCUUUACCUGGCAGCCCUGCCGCUGGCUUUUGAGGCCCUCAUACCUAAUCUAGAUGAAGUAGACCACCUGAGCUGCAUUAAAGCCAAAAAACUCUUAGAGACCAAGCCAGAGUUCUUAAAGUGGUUUGUUGUACUUGAAGAGACACCAUGGGAUGCCACCAGCCACAUUGACAACAUGGAAAACGAGCGGAUUCCCUUUGAUUUGAUGGAUACUGUCCCUGCCGAGCAGCUGUAUGAGACCCACUUGGAGAAGCUGAGGAAUGAGAGGAAGAGAGCUGAGAUGCGAAAGGCAUUCAAAGAAAACCUUGAGACCUCUCCUUUCAUUACUCCCGGGAAACCUUGGGAAGAGGCUCGUAGUUUCAUUAUGAAUGAAGACUUUUACCAGUGGCUGGAGGAGUCUGUGUACAUGGACAUCUAUGGCAGGCACCAAAAGCAGAUCAUAGACCGAGCAAAGGAAGAGUUCCAGGAGUUGCUUUUGGAGUACUCAGAAUUGUUUUAUGAGCUGGAGCUGGAUGCCAAACCCAGCAAGGAAAAGAUGGGUGUCAUCCAGGAUGUUCUGGGGGAAGAGCAGCGAUUUAAAGCAUUGCAGAAGCUCCAAGCAGAGCGUGAUGCCCUCAUUCUGAAGCACAUUCAUUUUGUGUACCAUCCCACGAAGGAGACAUGCCCAAGCUGCCCCGCUUGUGUAGAUGCUAAGAUAGAGCACUUGAUUAGUUCUCGCUUUAUCCGACCAUCUGAUAGGAAUCAGAAGAACUCUUUGUCUGACCCCAAUAUUGAUAGGAUCAAUUUGGUUAUCUUAGGCAAAGAUGGCCUUGCCCGAGAGUUAGCCAAUGAAAUUAGAGCUCUUUGUACAAAUGAUGACAAAUACGUGAUAGAUGGUAAAAUGUAUGAGCUGUCCCUGAGGCCAAUAGAGGGGAAUGUCAGGCUUCCUGUGAACUCUUUCCAGACACCAACCUUCCAACCCCAUGGCUGCCUCUGCCUUUACAAUUCAAAGGAGUCACUGUCUUAUGUGGUGGAGAGCAUAGAGAAGAGCAGAGAGUCCACACUGGGCAGGCGGGAUAAUCACUUAGUUCACCUCCCCUUGACCUUAAUUUUAGUUAACAAGAGAGGGGACACAAGUGGAGAGACUCUGCACAGUUUAAUACAACAAGGCCAGCAGAUUGCUAGCAAACUACAGUGUGUCUUUCUUGACCCUGCUUCUGCUGGCAUUGGUUAUGGGCGCAACAUUAAUGAGAAGCAGAUCAGUCAAGUUCUAAAGGGACUCCUGGAUUCUAAGCGCAACUUAAACCUGGUCAGCUCCACUGCUAGUAUCAAAGACUUGGCUGACGUGGACCUUCGAAUUGUCAUGUGUCUGAUGUGUGGUGAUCCCUUUAGUGCAGAUGACAUACUCUCUCCUGUCCUGCAGUCCCAAACCUGUAAGUCUUCCCACUGUGGGAGCAGCAACUCUGUCUUACUUGAACUUCCAAUUGGACUACACAAGAAGCGCAUUGAGCUGACAAUUCUUUCAUACCAUUCCUCGUUCAGCAUCCGAAAGAGCCGGUUGGUUCAUGGGUACAUUGUUUUUUACUCAGCCAAGCGCAAGGCCUCCUUGGCAAUGUUGCGUGCCUUUCUUUGUGAAGUGCAGGAUAUCAUCCCCAUCCAGCUUGUUGCACUCACUGAUGGCGCCAUAGAUGUCCUGGACAAUGACUUAAGUCGCGAGCAGCUGACGGAGGGGGAGGAAAUUGCACAAGAAAUUGAUGGGAGAUUCACAAGCAUCCCUUGUAGCCAACCCCAGCAUAAACUUGAGGUCUUUCACCCCUUUUUUAAAGACGUGGUGGAGAAGAAGAACAUAGUUGAGGCCACACACAUGUACGACAACGUUGCCGAGGCCUGCAGCACCACGGAAGAAGUGUUCAACUCCCCGAGGGCUGGCUCACCACUCUGCAACUCAAACUUGCAGGACUCGGAAGAGGAUGUGGAGCCUCCAUCUUACCACCUGUUUCGGGAAGAUGCGACAGUGCCCUCCCUGUCCAAAGACCAUUCCAAGUUCUCUAUGGAGCUGGAGGGAAAUGACGGGCUGUCUUUCAUAAUGAGCAAUUUUGAGAGUAAAUUGAACAACAAAGUACCUCCACCAGUCAAACCAAAGCCUCCUGUCCAUUUUGAGAUCACAAAAGAUCUGUCCUACUUAGACCAAGGCCAUCGGGAGGGACAGAGGAAGUCUGUAUCUUCUAGCCCCUGGCUGCCUCAGGACGGGUUUGAUCCUUCUGACUACGCAGAGCCAAUGGAUGCUGUGGUCAAGCCAAGGAAUGAGGAAGAAAACAUAUAUUCUGUGCCCCACGACAGCACCCAGGGCAAGAUCAUCACCAUUCGGAACAUCAACAAAGCCCAGUCCAAUGGCAGUGGCAAUGGUUCUGACAGUGAAAUGGACACCAGCUCUCUAGAGCGAGGCCGCAAGGUAUCCGCCGUGAGUAAGCCUGUGCUGUACAGGACGAGAUGCACCCGGCUGGGGCGGUUUGCUAGCUACCGCACUAGCUUCAGUGUGGGGAGUGAUGAUGAGCUGGGACCCAUCCGGAAGAAAGAGGAGGAUCAGGCAUCCCAGGGUUAUAAAGGAGACAAUGCUGUCAUCCCAUAUGAAACAGACGAGGACCCCAGGAGGAGGAACAUCCUUCGAAGUCUAAGGAGGAACACCAAGAAACCAAAGCCCAAACCCCGACCGUCCAUCACAAAGGCAACCUGGGAGAGUAACUAUUUUGGGGUACCCUUAACAACUGUGGUGACUCCAGAGAAGCCAAUCCCCAUUUUUAUUGAAAGAUGCAUUGAGUACAUUGAAGCCACAGGACUGAGCACUGAGGGCAUCUACCGGGUCAGCGGGAACAAGUCAGAGAUGGAAAGUCUGCAAAGACAGUUCGAUCAAGACCACAAUCUGGACCUGGCAGAGAAAGACUUCACCGUGAACACUGUGGCAGGCGCCAUGAAGAGCUUCUUCUCUGAGCUCCCAGACCCCCUGGUACCAUACAGCAUGCAGAUUGACCUGGUGGAGGCCCACAAAAUCAACGACCGAGAACAGAAGUUGCAUGCUCUUAAGGAGGUGCUGAAGAAAUUCCCAAAGGAAAACCAUGAAGUCUUCAAAUAUGUCAUCUCCCACCUGAACAAAGUCAGCCACAACAACAAGGUGAACCUUAUGACCAGUGAGAACCUGUCCAUCUGCUUCUGGCCCACCCUGAUGCGGCCCGACUUCAGCAGCAUGGAUGCGCUCACAGCCACACGCUCCUACCAAACCAUCAUCGAGCUCUUCAUCCAGCAGUGCCCCUUCUUCUUCUACAACCGGCCCAUCAGCGAGCCUCCGGGGGUCGCACCUGGCUCCCCGUCGGCUGUGGCUCCCACUGUCCCCUUCCUCACAUCUACACCUGCUACCAGUCAGCCGUCGCCUCCACAGUCACCUCCCCCAACCCCUCAGUCCCCAAUGCAGCCAUUGCUCUCCUCUCAGCUCCAAGCCGAACACACGCUGUGAGCCACCACGGUCCAA